AUGCACCAUCUGGGUAAGAAACAUCUAUUUUAAUUUCGUAAUUGCCUGCUUAUUUAAGGUUAUAUAUGAUCAUCUGUCUAAUGUCCUUAAAACCUUUUUCAAUGCAACAGACUAUACUGCACAACGAGAAAAGCGACAUGAGAACAGUUCUGCUCGACGAAAAGCUCCAUCGUGUGUUUGAAAACGUUCGGCAACAUGGGACUAAAUAUUAUUGGUACUUGGUAUUUCCUAUGAAUGGCAGCGGGAACAAACCGCUAAAAAUUUGUCCGUACCAUUGGACCAUUCUUUUCUUUGAUGUUAGGAAAAAGAAAUGGAUGCACUACAAUUCGUUGAAGAAGAGAGACGGCAGAGAUCCAAUUCUGAAAGACGCUACCUUUGUGAAAAAAUACGUGGAGAACUACAUGAAGGACAGGCAUGCUGAGCUGAAGAACAAAAGUACCGGUACAGAGAUACUCUUUGGAGAACAAAAUUUCGAUGCUCCAAUCUGCUCACCUCAAAAUGCUCCACAACAAGAAAAUACAUCGGUUGAUUGUGAGGUUAUCGUCUGCACGCUCAUGGAACUAUUGGCGCACCUUGAACCAAUCCCAAAAACACUGACGAAGACAGAAAUUGAUCAGUUUAGAGCUGGUUUAGUCUCCCGAAUUUUGAACGAUGAAGGUAGAAGCUGGACAAUAAAGAAAUGGGAAGCUAGAAGGAUGGGGAAGGGGUCGCAAUGACCGUUCGUGAGAUGGAGAGUGAUAUGAUGGUGAGAUUGUAAUAUGGGGAGUGAGAUGGUGUCAUCGGGACAAAUGUGGUUUUAAUUUUUUUGUAAGGAUAG